CCGACCAGACAACAGCCGUAGCGAUCGCGUACGCCUUUCAUGGCGCUACAUUUACACCGGCUUCCUUCAGCGAACUUGCUUCGUUACACGUUACAGGUUAAUUAUAUUAUUUGGCGCCCAAACGUGAGGCCAGGUUAGCGUAAUUGUUUUAUUGUACUGUUGUAUGUUAGCUAGCCUGUCUUCGAAAAAAAUAUUUUCGAAAUAUUUUGUAUUGGUGCUUAUGUGGAGUCUUAGCUGGAGCCAAGUUUUCUUGCGGAUAAAACUGCAACUUGCCGCUAGAUAGAAACAUAGCAGUCAAUACAAAGUAAACAAUGGAGUUCGUCCGCUUUCUGAUUCUGUGUUGAUCACUACACACGAGCAUGGUCGUUAUCUUUUGCGUGGAUACGAGUGUAAGUGGUAGUGAUUCAACCAAAAUCUAUCGGUGGUUGAACAUUGUUUCUAAAUAUUUGCUUGGAACGAGUAAGUGGUUCCGAACUACUUAACUUGCCGCUAUAUUUGGAGCAAUGUUUCGAAUUUCCUAUUUCUUUUGUUUCAAAUAUCUUUCUUGUUGAUUCUGUGUUGAUCACUAUACACGAGCAUGGUCGUUAUCUUCUGCGUGGAUACGAGUGUAAGUGGUAGUGAAGCAGCCAAAAUCGAUCUAUAUUUGGAACAAUGUUUCGAAUUUCCUAUUUCUUUUGUUUCCAAUACCUACUUUUUGAUUCUGUGUUGAUCACUAUACACGAGCAUGGUCGUUAUCUUCUGCGUGGAUACGAGUGUAAGUGAUAGUGAUGCAACCAAAAUCUACCGGUGUUUGGAACAAUGCUUCGAAUUUCCUAUUCUUUUCUUCUUUUUCGAUAUCUGCUUUUGGAUUCUGUGUUGAUCACUACACGCGAACAUGGUCGUUAUCUUCUGCGUGGAUACGAGUGUAAGUGGUAGUGAAGCAGCCAAAAUCGAUCUGUAUUUGCAACAAUGUUUUUGAAUUUCCUAUUUUCUUUUUUCUCAAUAUCUAUUUUUUUUCUGUGUUAAUCAAUACACACAAACAUGGUCGUUAUCUUUUACGUGGGUACGAGUGUAAGUGGUAGCGAUGCAACAAACCCUAUCUGUAUUUGGAUAUUGUUUCUAGAUAUUCGCUUGGAACGAGUAAGUGGUUUCGAACUACUUAACUUGCCGCUAUAUCUGGAGCAAUUUUUCAGAUUCCCUAUUUUCUUUGUUUUCAAUAUAUACUUUCGACUAUUAGUUAGCAACUCUUCCUUCGAUAAGUGUUGCAUGGUUCCAAAUUUAUUUAUGUUAUUUUGGUUUAUAUUUUUGAGUUUGAUUUCAGUUACUGUUUACUUAUUAUUAUUACUAUUAUUAUUAUUACUGUCAUUAUUGUUUUGUGUUUCAUACGUUUUUUUUUGUUUAGUUAGCAAUUUAUAAAUAUUCAAAAUGGCCAGACCCGUUAGUGGAAUUUGUAACCCGCUAUAUCAGAGAAUGUCGGGAGAAACUUUCUGUGGUGUAUGCUCAGAAGAAGUAGAGUAUCCAGCUCAACUUCUAACAACGAGUUGCAAUCACUAUUUUCAUCAUAUAUGUUUCAGUACUGCGACUGAAAAUGACGAGGUCUGCCCAAGUUGUAAGACUGCGUUAAGCAAAUCCAUGAGUUUGGCAGAAGAACUAAGUGCAGCUCAGAGUUCAGAAGAACAAACGCUAUCAAAGUUCAAAAACAAGGCAGUAGCGCAAAAUCUGUUAAUCACAGGCUCUAGCAAUAUUGCACCGACUGGUAUGCCCGAACUUGUUCAGCCGAAUUCAGAUCUAGCACCAGUUGUGCCACCAAUGGUUAGUUUGCAGCAGAGUAUUGCGGAGGACGUAGCAACCCAGCAUCCGCAGGACUUGUCGAAAGCGAGUGAAGGUGGCUUUCACAGGUUGUCAGUUAAUUCAGCGGCUCAAGUUGAAAGCUAUAGAGUUGACUCUGCUCCUAGGCAAUUGUCUUCAGCCAGGCAACGGCAGCAUCAAUCGAUUGAGCAGCUUUUGUGGGCGUUACGAUCCAGCAGGCAGUUAGCAGAAAAUGUCAGUCCAUAUUGUGUUGCAUUUGGACAACACAUGAUUCUUAAUGGCAAUACCUAUCCACUUCUAAGAAAUUUAGAACUUCUAGAAAACCGUACAGCUAGUUUUCAUCGAGCGGAUUCCGUUGAUAUAAUAAGGCAAACGGCUCAACAGAGCAUAAAACGGAAGCACGAAGAAAAAGAAGAGCAGUACAAUCUUAGAAGUCGAGAAGUAGAUUUUAGAAUUGGUCCAGAAGUUGAUGGGCGAAGGUUUCAACAAAAUAAUUUUGAAAAAGGCUUUAAUGCGCCUCUAGCUCUAACACUUGUGAAAUCUCGCGUGAAGCAUAAGUUGGGCCAUACUUAUUAUGAGUUAGGAGAUACCCAAGGGCGAUUCAUUUUAAAAUAUCAUGUUAAAGAUUUAAAAACAAUAAAUCGGGUAGCCAGGAAAUUCGUCCAAGCGAGUAUCACUCUUUGGAGUGAUGACCACAAAGUGUGAUUUUGGCAGGGGGGAUUGUAGUGGUCGCUUGGACCGCCAACAUUUAUUGGUUGGGCCUAAAAGUAGGCAAAGUUUUUUUUGCUAUUGGAAACCGUCAGCGCCACGGCUCUGUUUGUAGAAAAAGUAGUUAAUGUAGUAUAUUUAUUAAAGUUAUGUAUAUAUAUGUUAAUAAUUCAAUUUUUGUUAGUUAAAUGUUAAAUGUAUAAUAAUUGUUUAAUGUUAGUCUAAACUUGUAGGAUAUAUGUAUUUUGUUAGGAAAUAUUAAUUAGCGCCAUCUGUGUGUGGGGCUUGGCAACAUCAAAAAGAUUUUUGCGAUAGAUGCAUCUUGAGGCAGUGAAUGUCAAAGAAUGGGAAGUUAAGAAUGCAUCAAAGAUUAACGCCCUAUUGACAAGACAGUUUUUUUUGCUCAUUCGUGCUGGUCUUGCAAUCUCGCAAAGUCACUUUCUGAAUUGGUUGUGACAAGUCGCACCAGGAAAAAAUACAUAUAUAAAUUGAGAAUUAAGUGCGACGGUCAUAAAUAUUCAGCCAACAUAAAUAUUCAGUGAAAUAAAAAGUGCAUAGUGCGAAUAGAGAAAUUGUGUGAAAACACCCCUUUUUUCGGUCAGCUACCGAAGGCCAACAGGCGGAGACAAAAUUUGGAGAUUUUAUGGUGCCGUCCAAAAAGGCAGGACGGCACGUAGUUCCAUAUUGUACUUUUGGAUGUUGUUGGUGCUUACGAAGUUAAGCCACCAAGCAAAGCUCAUCCACUCCGCUUCGACAGCCGGCAGAACAAAGCUUGUAAUAAAGCUUUGAAAGCUUCUGCACGACCGCUGCGAAAGCUGUAGCAGAUCAGCUGAUAGCUGCAAGCGGGAGUCAGCACUGCAAUCUGGCCCAAAUUUGGAGGAGCGAUUUGCAGCGCUACCGCACCGCCGCCACCUCAAUUUGCAUUGGGAGUUGUCGCUAAGAGGGAAAGCAAGGAGAACGCCAACAUUACCCUAGAUGUGGUAUAUGUGCAAGUGACCGUGCGACCACCAGAGGAAAUGUCUCCGAAGAUGAUCGUGCCAUAGAUGUUUGUGUUGUUUAUUAUAUGUAUUUCGACAUUGUUCAUUUUGGGCCUUCUGCCACUUAAUUAGCGCUUCUUUGUAUUCUAUUUUGUUCAUGUAAAGUCUUGUUUACGUACAUAUAUAUAUGUUGAAUGGAAGAAUUGAUGUAAAUUUACAUAUGAUUCCGUGGUAUUAUAUACUAGGUAUCAGUUGUAAAUAAACUUCAUUAGUCAUUUGUUCGUCCUACAUAUAUAUUGUUCGUAAAUACUUUUGUUUUCUGUCAUAAAUUUGCAAAUUCAAAAUUACAUUUAUAAUUGCUUACAAAGUAAACAAUGGAACAUCUGGCAUAAAAGCUCAGAUCAACAUUUGAGUAGAAAGCUUUUGGUUAGGGCUUUAAAGUUUUGUUCCACAGCUGCAACCACAACAACAUAACAACACACACACACAUAUCACCGGCUGUGAAA